UUUUUUUUUUUUUUAUAAAUAUUCUUCUUUUUAUUUUAAUAAUAGAUAAAAUAAUAUGAACCCAUCUCAAGCGAAUAAAGUUGAUAUAAGUAAAUUAAGCGAAGAAGAAAAGAAGUUGCUUCGUAUGUAUGGGAAACUUCCAGAUCGUAAAGAUCUUUUAGGACAUAAACUUAAAGAACGUAAAUACUUUGAUUCUGGUGAUUAUGCACUUUCGAAAGCUGGAAAAGAACCUGUAGCAAUAGGCUCAGAACAUCCUUCACCUGAUACCAUCCCACAUUCUAAUCCUACUUCACAACCAGGUGCAAGUCCUGUUAAAGAAAGUCCUUUAGUUACGGAGUCAGAUAAAGAAGCUAAUAAACAGUAAUUCUCAUUUUGUUUACACACUCAUGAGAAGCAAUCUCACACAUACACACACACACACACACACGUAUACGCACACACACAUACGUACGCACGCACACACAAACGGUCAGAUAUACAUAAUUACAUAUAAUCA